UGGAUUGGAGGAUAUGACGAAAGUAGGCAUAUUUAUCCAUAACGACAGCAGAUCUACCAGCCAAAAAUACUUAAUUGCCAUUUGGUUACGUAUCUGCACUGUCAGCCUACAUUUCAUAUUGGUGAUGAAAGAAUUCUCUUGCAGGCAUUGAAUGAGGUUUAUUAAAAAAAAUAUCAAUCAUCAGAUAUAAACACAAGACUUAUCCACCUUACCAAUAGAAAUAUAUUGAAUAGAAAAAAAAUAAAAUUAUUCCAUCACUGCAACCGAACUGGGCUACCGCUACUAAGCCCACGUGACGUCAUUGAAGUCUCUCCCUCUGUUUAUCAGGCGUCCGUCGCCUGUCCUACGUUUAGUCGCGGCCAGAAACUCGUGUCUGGUGGAUGGUUACCUGUUUGCCUCCCUGAAAUCUCCGAAAUUGCACAAUUCAUUUAACCUAAAGAGUUUGUGAAAAAAAAGAUCAAGAAAGAGAGAACAGGGAAGCAAUUUAGGGAAGAUAUUGUUUUCCCUUAUUCCUAGUCGUUGAUUUGAAAGCCUGAAAUAAUUAAGUGUAUGGUUAUUUGUGUGUAAAGAAGAAAACGUGUCUACACUGAAACUAGCAAGCGAUACAAGUAUAUGUCACGUGACAUGAAAACAAGAUGGUGACGAAAAUAGGCGCAGAAGAGGCAGGUCAAGAAACGAUGAAUGGAAACGCGCAGAAGAAAGAUGACCUGACCGUCAUUGAAAUGAAGGGCAGUGAAGGAGACGACGAAGGCGCCGAUAAAAACGUUGGAACCAAAGAUGGCGAAAAGAAGGAAGACGCUCUUCCGCCGGUCCCUGUGUUCCAGAUGUUCCGAUACGCGAGCGUGAAAGAGAAGUGGCUGAUGUUCGCGGGCGUGCUCGCGUCCCUCAUUGCGGGCGUAUGCAUGCCGGCCAUGUUCAUUCUCUUUGGCGACGUCACGGACGCUUUCGUCUACAAUGACCUGCUUACCAGCAUUAAUAAUGAGACCAAUUUGUCGGCAAUCGUAGCUGCGAAUCCCGAUAUGGAGAAUGCGACGAUCGACGAAAUCAUCGAGUACAUUACAGCCUCGUAUGGUAUUGAGGACUUCUUCCAAGAGAUCGUGAAAUUCGGAGCCGGCACCUUCAUCAUCGGAGCCGUUCAAAUGGUCAUGGGAUACAUCUUCGUCACGUCCAUGAACUACGCGGCAGAAGGGCAGGUAUAUAGGUUGCGAGGUAUGUUUCUGAAGAGCAUCUUAAGGCAGGAAAUUGGCUGGUUUGAUACUCAUCAGACUAAUGAUUUUGCCAGCAGAGUUACUGAGGACUUGAAUAAAUUACAAGAAGGAAUUGGUGAGAAAGUGGGCAUGUUCAUAUUCUUCAUGACGAUAUUCAUAGCCUCUCUCAUUAAUGCCUUUGUCCACGGAUGGGAACUCACGCUAGUCAUUCUGUCUGUGUUCCCACUCUUAGGAAUCUCUACUGGAAUUAUUGCAAAGGUUCAGUCUAGCUUAACAUCAGUAGAAAUGAAAGAGUAUGCGAAGGCAGGUGGCAUCGCAGAGGAAGUGAUAUCAGCCAUCAGGACAGUGGUUGCCUUUGGAGGAGAAGCUAAAGAAGUAGAAAGGUACGACGCCAACCUUGUGCACGCCAAGCGAGCGGGCGUGAAGCGAGGCUUCGUGACGGGCGUGGGCAUGGGCUUGAUGUGGUUCCUGAUCUACGCGGCGUACGCCCUGGCCUUUUACUACGGCACCGGCCUCAUUCUUGAGUCAAGAACGGAUCCGGAUAGCAAUUUCAACCCCUCCAAUCUUAUCAUUGUAUUCUUUAGUGUGCUAAUGGGUGCUAUGAACGUUGGCCAAGCAGCUCCAUAUAUUGAGGCCUUCAGUGUAGCCAGAGGAGCGGCUGCAACGAUCUUUGAUAUCAUUGAAAGAAAGUCGGCCAUCGACCCUACCGGCUCUGACGGAGAAAAGCCUUCUUCUGUGAAGGGGAUGAUUGAGUUCAAAGAUGUCCGCUUCAGCUACCCAUCAAGACCAGACGUGAGAGUGUUGCAGGGCGUGUCUCUAAGCAUAGAACCGGGGCAGACCGUGGCCCUGGUGGGCUCCUCCGGCUGCGGGAAAUCGACCUGUGUCCAGCUCAUACAACGGUUCUAUGACCCACUGGAUGGUCAUGUGUUCCUAGAUGGCCGUGAAAUAAAGAGUCUUAACAUCGGUUGGUUGCGAGACCAGAUUGGGGUUGUGGGCCAAGAGCCGGUCCUCUUUGCGACCAGCGUUGCCGAGAACAUAAGGUACGGCCGCGAAGGGGUUUCCAUGGAGGACAUUCAGGCGGCGGCCAAAGAGGCCAAUGCUCAUGACUUCAUCAUGAAAUUACCGAAGCAAUACGAAACAAACGUCGGCGAGCGAGGAAGCCAGAUGUCGGGGGGGCAGAAGCAGCGGAUUGCCAUUGCGCGAGCACUGAUCAGGCAGCCCAAGAUUCUGCUCCUGGACGAGGCCACAUCGGCGCUGGACACGCAGAGCGAGGCGGUUGUGCAGCAGGCGCUCGACAAGGUAAGGAAAGGGCGCACAACAGUGGUCGUGGCGCACCGCCUAUCCACCAUCAAACCCGCAAAUAAGAUCGUAGUGUUCAACAAAGGAAAGAUUGAGGAAGUGGGAACUCACAAUGAACUGAUGAAGCUGCAAGGGCUUUAUUACAAUCUUGUCACAGCUCAAGUCAGCCCGCAAGAGGAAAAGGCAGAGAACAAGGGCAUCCCCCAGAAAGGGAAGGCUGAGAGCGAUGCGGCCCUCCUUGAAGGCGAAGCCCUCUCGGAGUUCAGCCAGGACAUUAUUGAGGACCUGGCCAGCAUGUCCCCGGUGGCCCUCACGCGCAGCCCGUCCAUCCGCCAGUCCCUCAAGAGGCGCCGCGCUUCGUCCGUCAAGCCAGUUAAAAGCCCUCUGCGGAAUAUACAGGAAAAGGAAGAGGAGGAGACGCUGCCUGAAGUGGCCACUUGGGAAAUCAUCAAGAAGAACGCGUCUGAAUGGCCAUACAUUGUAGGAGGCGUGCUGGGCUCCGCGAUCCAAGGAACGACCAUUCCUCUCUAUGCUAUAUUAUUUGGCGAGAUUCUUGGGACUCUGUCCAUUGCUGAAGAAGAGAAGGCCAGGAAUGAAGCCAACUUUUACGCCUUGCUUUUCCUCCUAAUUGGCAUUGUUGCGGCUCUGUCUAUGUUUAUGCAGGCGUACAUGUUCUCACUCUCCGGAGAAAUAUUGACGGCAAGACUACGUAAAUUGACCUUUGCUGCCAUGGUGCGUCAGGAGGUUGGAUGGUUCGAUGAAGAAAGGAACUCAGUCGGAGCUCUGUGUUCCAAGCUAUCAGGAGAUGCUUCGGCUAUACAAGGAGCGACGGGUUCUCGCGUGGGUACCAUUGUGCAGGCGAUCACUACCCUGGGCAUCAGUAUUGUCCUAGCGCUAUACUACGACUGGCGCCUCGGGUUGGUUACGCUGCCCUUCAUCCCGUUCGUACUAGUAGCGGUGUACCUGCAGAGCAAGAUCCUGAUGGGCCAGAGCGUCACUGAGUCCAAAGUCUUAGAAAGUGCGGCAAAGAUAGCUAUAGAAGCCAUUACAAACAUCCGUACAGUUGCUGGUCUCCAUAAAGAAGAGCAUUUUGCGCAUGAAUACUCGAAGGCUCUACUUAAACCUCACGAAGAAGCACUAAAGAAAUCACAUUUGAGAGGUGCUGCAUUCGGAUUUGCCCAAGCGAUGCCUUUCUUUGCUUAUGCUGUCAGCAUGUUCUAUGGAGGAUACCUAGUUAAUGAGGAGCAAUUAACGUAUGAAAAGCUUUUCAAAGUUGCAGAGGCACUAAUUCUAGGGACGAUGAUGGUGGGCCAGGCCGUUGCAUUCGCCCCCAAUUACAGUAAGGCCAAGGUUGCUGCUGCCAGGAUCUUCAACCUGCUCGAACGCCGGCCUGCAAUCGAAACGUCCUCGGGAGUCGGCCUCCGUCUAAGUGGUCACGUGGAGAACAUAGAGCUACAGGACGUGCACUUUACGUACCCGACGCGGCCCGACGUUCCGAUUCUGAACGGGCUCGGAGUGCGAGUAGAGCGAGGCAAGACAUUGGCCUUGGUGGGAAGUUCGGGCUGCGGCAAGUCGACCAUAAUCAGUCUACUUGAGAGAUUUUAUGACCCCAAAAAUGGUCGGAUUACCAUCAGCGGAGAAGAUAUCCAAGCCCUAAAUGUAGGUUGGGUCAGGAACCAGUUGGGUCUUGUGUCUCAGGAGCCCGUGCUAUUCGACCUGACCAUCGCGGAAAACAUUGCUUAUGGGGACAACUGCCGUGUCGUGGGGCAUGAAGAGAUAGUCAAGGCUGCCAAGCAAGCUAAUAUUCACAGUUUUGUAGAGUCUUUGCCUCAGGGUUAUGAAACAAGAGUUGGCUCAAAAGGAACACAGUUGUCUGGAGGACAGAAGCAACGCAUUGCAAUUGCUCGCGCACUUGUUAGAAAUCCCAGUGUACUUUUGUUAGAUGAAGCGACAUCUGCCUUGGACACCGAGAGUGAAAAGGUGGUCCAGGAAGCCUUGGAAAGAGCUCAAGAGGGUCGAACCAGCAUCAUCAUCGCGCACCGCCUCUCCACCAUCCAGAAUGCGGACACCAUCGCUGUGGUACAAGGGGGCUGUGUGGUGGAGGCUGGGACCCACGAAGAGCUCAUGAAGAAACAAGGACAUUAUUACGAUCUUUAUCAGACCAACCAUUAAGGCUUGGCCCUUGGAUCACAAAGUUAUUUGAUGACAUGAAGUCCAAUUACAGAAUAGCAGAUCAUGGAACCACGACACCUAAUCAUAAAGGAACCUGUUUCAAGAAAUCUAAUCAUAAAGGGACUCGUUCAGCGAUACCGAAUUCUAAAGAAACCUGUUUCAAGAAAUUUAAUCAUAGAGGGACAAGUUUCAAGAAAUUAACCAAAAGGAACCUUAUUCAAU